AUGCUUUCACACAGAGCCAUUUCACUAGAUCAUAUGCUGCUAUUGGUGUCUAUGACAAAUUUUCAGCUCAGUUCUGAAGAACAAUUUUUCAGUAAAAGUCAAACAUGCGGACCAUAGUUUUUCUGCUCCUCAGAGUUCAUCUCAUUUAUGCUGUGACCCAUACACUGCAAUAUUACUUCACAGCAACCACAGGAAUCUCAAACUUUCCCAGGUUGGUAGAUGUGGGAAUGCUGAAUGGUGAACCCAUCAGUAUGUAUGAUAGUACAUCACAGAAAAAGGUCCCCAAACAGAAGUGGAUGGCUGAAAAUUUGGACUAUGAAUACUGGAACAGUGGAAAUGAGAUGCGUAAGGCUAGAGAUCAAGUUUUCUUUAGCAGUAUUCAGGUGCUUAUGGGUCGCUUCAAUCAAACUGCAGAGAAGAAGAAGCUGAUUGUGAUGCGUCCAUUAAUUAUUUUACUGUGACUGUAAACGAAGAGA